AUGAAGAAACUGAUUCCAUAUGAUACCGUGUCGUACGUCAACUUUGUGUACAAUAAAACGAAAGCAUGGAAUGAUCUCAUAAAAAGAAAUAGAGAUAAAUGGAGAGACUACCUGUCCGACGAGAUCAGAAAUUACCUUUUAGGAAAAAGAGGGAUGAUAAUGAACAUAGAGCGCGAAACGCCAUUUGACGAAUCGAAAUCGUGGCAGGGAAGUUCUAACACAGAAAUGAAAGGAGGGGGAUAUAGCAGAUUAGGAUCUGAAAUGGAAUCAAACUUUAGCCUAUACGAUUCGAGGUCAGAAUUGAGCUUAGAUGAUAUAAGAUCACAUUUGGGAUUAGACGAACUGGGAACAGAAGCGGAUUCAACCUGGUCAUAUUGGGGGUCACAAUUAGGAUUGGAUGACGUGAAAUUGAAAUUGGGAUCGGAAUUAGGAUUUAGAUUUAGCCUUGAUGAUUCAAGAUCGGAAUUCGGCUCUAAUUUUAGCAUGGAUAAUUCCAGACCAGAGGAGGUAUCAACAUUUAGCCAUAGCGAUUCCAAGUCAAAAUUAGGGUCAAAUUUAUGA